AUGUCAGAGGCACCAUCAAUCUUCGUGGCCCCGGCCUCGCCGACGACCAGUCGCUCCACCAUCGAUCCAACCAGCAACAUGGGCUCCAACUCCCUCAGCGAUGGCAACCUGCCCCCCAAAGAUUUCACCAAAUUCAUGCCUCCUCACCUCCCCACGCCCCCCUUCAUCUUCGUUCCUGGUGUGCCCAACUUCCGCGACAUGGGUGGCUGGCCCUGCCCACCUCCACCGUCCGCACACCCAUCCGAAGUCACCAACCCCUCUGGUGCCACGCGCUGGCAGUUCCGCCGCAACCUCAUCUUCCGCUGCGCCCACCCCACACAACUCACCCAAACGGGCCUCAUGACCCUCGACGCCCUCGGCGUGACCGACAUCUUCGACCUCCGCUCCGCGCCCGAGCUCAAAAAGCUAUCCGCGCCCGAACCCGAUGCCGACACCCCCUUCCUGACCACACACGGCCACAUUGAGCUUCCGGGCAUGACCCGCCACUUCACGCCCGUCUACGCCGCCGAGGACUACGGGCCCGAGGCUCUCGCCAAGAAACUGCAGUGGUACACCACCGCCAUUGCGCCCGGCGCCUCCUUCUCCUCCGGCUUUGUCAACGCCUACCGCGACAUCGGGCUCUACGGCGCCCGCGGCGGCAGCUACGCGCGCAUCCUGCGGCAGAUCAUCCGCUCGCUCGAGGCCGAGACGCAGCGCGAGCGCGAAGCCGCCGACUUCACGGCCGCCCGACAGCAGCGGCGCGGCAGACCUGGUCUCAACAGCAGCAGCAACCGCCCCGUGAGCGUCUUCGCCGGCCUGGACGGCAUCCUAGGGCACCUAGAACGCUUCCCGAGCCCCGGACCAGCUGAUGUAGCCGAUGGAGCGGAGAAGAAAGCAGAGGAGGAGAAACAGCAGCAGCAGCCUCCGGCGGUAGGCGCGAGCGUCGACCCCGGCGACGGCGGCGAAGACAUCCGACGCGACGGCGGCGUCGUCUUCCACUGCACGGCCGGCAAGGACCGCACGGGCGUGCUGGCCGCCAUACUGCAACUCCUGGUCGGCGUGGAUCUCGAGGACGUGGCGUGGGACUAUGCCGUCACGGAGCCCGGGCUGGGGUCCUGGCGCCGCACCUUCAUCGAGCGCAUCGCGCGCCAGGGCAUGGGGAGUGGGCAGAACGGGAAGAUUGAGUCUCCGGUUGGGGGAGGAGAUGCUGGGGAGGAUAAGAAGCAGCAGCAGGUGCUCAGUCGCGCGGAGGCGGCGCGUAUCUGUGGCAGUCGCGCGCCGAAUAUUCGUGCGUUUGUCAAGGAGGUGCUGGAGGGAGAGUGGGGCGGCGUGGAGCGGUAUCUGGUGGAUUAUGUGGGUUUGAGUGUCGAUGAAGUGGAUAAGUUGCGGAACGGGCUGGUGGUCAAGGUGCCGGAGGAUGAGGGGGAGGAGGCGGUGAUGCAGCGGAAGCACAUUGAGGGCUGGUCUCUGGACGGGGGCAUGGAGGAAGAUGCGUAUCUGUGA